GUGUGUGCCCGCCGUGAAUCGCUCCAGCAUCCCUGCGCAGACAGCAGGGCCACCUAAACGCGCACAAAACACGCACAUAUCCCGUGAAAAGAUGUAAUCGUGGGAGGAAAAGUUGCUGCUCUUUUUUGUUGCGGGUCGCUGCUUUGCAAUGACGGAACAUGACGAGAGCCUGGAUUCUGUGCUGCGCCUCUUUGGAGGACAGACCGAUGCGUUGAGAGAAGUAGUAAUGCGGAAUAUCCCCCCCUCGUAGGUGUUAACGCAGAAAAUACAAGAUGAAGAAGCAAUUCAACCGGAUGCGACAGCUCGCCAACCAGACGGUGGGGAGAGCAGAAAAAACAGAAGUGCUGAGCGAAGAUCUUCUACAGGUAGAGAAGCGUCUGGAUCUGGUCAAGCAGGUGACGCACAGCACUCACAAGAAGCUGACCGCCUGCCUGCAGGGUCAGCAGGGGACCGACACGGAAAAGAAAUCUGUCAAGUCACCAUCUAAAAAACUUCCUCUCACGAUCUUGGCACAAUGCAUGGAGGAGAGCGCUCUGGUGUUGGGGGACGACUCGCUUCUAGGAAAGAUGCUGAAGAUGUGUGGAGAGACAGAAGAGAAGUUGGCCCAGGAGCUGCUUCAGUUCGAGCUCCAGACUGAAAGAGAUGUGGUGGAGCCUCUCUACGUGCUUGCAGAGGUAGAAAUCCCCAACAUUCAGAAACAGAGGAAACACUUAGCUAAACUGGUCUUGGACAUGGACUCAGCACGAACAAGAUAUCAGCAGUCGUCUAAGUCCUCCAGCCACCCAAGCACAAUGCAGCCUGGCACCAAGUCCGAGUCCCUGAGAGAGGAGAUGGAGGAGGCAGCCAAUCGGAUGGAGAUUUGUAGAGAUCAGCUGUCAGCAGACAUGUACAAUUUCGUGGCCAAAGAAAUAGACUAUGCAAACUACUUCCAGGCGUUGAUAGAGACACAGGCAGAAUAUCACAGGAAGUCAUUAGAAAUUCUUCACAGUGUCCUGCCCCAGAUUAAAGCUCACCAAGAGGCGUGGGUGGAGAAGCCGUCAUUUGGCAAGUCUCUGGAGGAACACCUGAAUAUUAGUGGGAGGGAGAUCGCUUUCCCCAUCGAAGCGUGUGUCACCAUGCUAUUAGAGUGUGGCAUGCAGGAAGAGGGCCUUUUCAGAGUGGCUCCAUCGGCCUCUAAGCUGAAGAAGCUGAAAGCCUCCCUGGACUGCGGAGUUCUUGAUGUGCCGGAGUACUCCUCCGACCCACACGCCAUUGCAGGGGCCCUGAAAUCGUAUCUCCGUGAACUCCCCGAGCCAUUAAUGACUACUGAACUUUAUGAUGAAUGGAUUCAGGCUUCUAACAUUCAAGAUAUGGACAAGAGGCUACAAGCAUUGAUGGCAGUAUGUGAAAAGCUACCCACAGACAACUUGAAUAAUUUUAGAUAUUUGAUCAAAUUUUUAGCCAAGCUGAGUGAAUAUCAAGACUCAAAUAAGAUGACUCCUGGUAAUAUUGCCAUUGUUCUCGGACCUAACCUGCUCUGGACACACACAGAACCGAACAUGACGGAGAUGAUGACCACUGUUUCCCUACAGAUUGUUGGCAUCAUUGAGCCCAUAAUUCAGCAUGCUGACUGGUUUUUCCCUGGAGACAUCGAGUUCAACUUGACAGGCAGCUACGGAAGCCCGAUCCACACCAACCACAACUCCAACUACAGCUCCAUGCCUUCGCCAGACUUGGACCAAUCAGAACGCAAGCAGCAGCAGCAGCACAACCAGAGCCAGCGCCCGCUGAGCGUUGCCACUGACAACAUGAUGCUGGAGUUUUACAAGAAAGAUGGCAUUAGGAAGAUACAAAGUAUGGGCGUUCGAGUUAUGGAUACCUCCUGGGUGUCUCGUAAGGGUUCGUCCACGCUGACGCGCAAGACUUCCUCCACUCCUCCAGGCAUGCAAGGGCCUGGCUCUCCGGCAGACACGCUCAUCCCCGAGCAGCCAGGAGAGCUCGCCAGCUCUCCGUCCGCUACUCCACCACUAGGGGAAAGGGUUUGCUCAGACAACGUGCAGCUCAAUCGGCCGGACACCUCUCAUGCCCACCCACCCCCAGGGGAGGACCGGCCUCCCCCCCCUUACCCCAGCUCCUCGUGCCACGCUACCCCACACCACUUCUACCCCAAACCCCCGCCCUGCACUCGCCCUGUGGCACCGGGUCCCGAGUCCCAGCCCCCGGCCUCCCCCCCUCCCCCAUUGCGCUGGUCUGGCUUUACGCCCCCUGCCCCACCUCCUUCCUCCUCUUCCUCCUCCUCCUCUUCGUCACUUGACAUCAAUUCAAACCCAAAACCUAGCUGUCUUCACUUCCCCAAGCACAGCCCGCCGGGUGACAUGUCGCACGCCCCCCCGCCUGACAUGAAUGCUUCUCCACUUUAUGUUAAAACCCCUUUGAUACUGACCCGCCAUGACCAGGCCCUUGGCAAUCCCCCUAGCCUUCCCUCAUCUGUGCCCCCACCCCCACCGUGGGCUGCCUGUCCAUGUGCUCGAGAGAGAGGACCCCCCAGGCUGACUAGCUCACUGAAGAGUAAAGAGCUUUCCCCUGUAACUGGACACAAAGCCAUCCAGGUGGCAAGUCCAACAGUGCCCCCCAGCAGCAGCCCUCAGAGCAGCAGCCAGUCCCCCCACUCCGCAGAGCAGAGCCCACACGCUCUUCGCAAAGGUUCCAAGAAGUUGGCCCCCGUCCCUCCAAAAGUCCCUUACGGCCAGUCAGGAGUGAUAUCUGACCAGUCAACUGGUCAGCCCUCACCAGUCAGCCUCUCCCCAACCCCUCCCAGCACCCCGUCCCCAUAUGGACUGAUCUGUCCUCCAGGGCAAGUGCCACCGUCGUCCCCUGGGCAAACUCCGCUCGGUGCCCCCCACUCCCUAUCGUCCCCACCCUCCCUGACAGGAACACUCACCAAGUCACGGCCUGCUCCCAAGCCCAGGCAGAGACCCAGCCUGCCCCCUCCUCAACCACCCACAGUGCCCCUGGGGUUCUCUGGCCUGGCCGGUCCCCCAGUCCCCCAGCCUCUGGAGCAGGGCCUCCUGGAUGGGCUAUCUCCUGGAGAGAGCAUGUCUACAGAUAUCUUCAGUUAUGAAAUCCCCUCCAUCAAUGUCAAUCUGGACAGCCUCAUCGAUGAGUUCAGCAGCGCCCCCUGCAGGAGGUCCAUGGCAGUGACAGAUUCUCCAGAUGGGGACACUGUGCCUGAGGAGGAGCCCCAGAGCACCAUUCUAUGACCUAUGACCCCGAGGCAUCAUGUACCAGCAGCAACCCUUUGGCUAUAGAUGCUCUUAACUGUUGCCAUGGAGGCCUGGUGGAAACAAACACUGGCUUCACCGAUACCCAUCAGAAACCGGGACACAAACUCUCUCACGUCUGCUACAAGCUGCAGAGAAACUCGUCUUUCACAGCUGCUCGCUAUUACAUUAAUGUGACUACAAAAAAAUCUAAAAAAUUUAAAAAACACCAAAAUGCCAUAGUGGACGAACUGUUGCCUUUAAGAGGAAAGACUGGAAAAAUAAGUAUUACAUGAAAAUAUUUCCCCCCCACUGAU